AUGGCAGAAGGGAAUAGAGGCGAAGCACUUCGCUUCGCUCAGAUCUUCUUGGUCGUUUGUCCGUCGUUCAUCCUCUUUGGAUACAAUCAGUCCGGCGUUGGAGGCCUGACCGACUUCCCGUCGUGGGUCAAGCAGUUCCCUGAGAUUGACACGGUGAACACCACAGGCGUCCAAAAGUCUCACAAUGCCACAGUGCAAGGUGCCGUGGUGGCUUCUUACACUAUCGGUGCUCUCUUUGGGUCCCUGAUCUGUACCUGGAUUGGUGACAUCCUCGGUCGUCGUCGGUCCAUCUUUGUUGGGGCAUGCAUUGCAUUAAUCGGCCAAGCCUUAGAAUGCUCAGCAUAUUCUCUUGCCCAGUUUACGGUCGGUCGGGUGAUCCUUGGGUGGGGUGUGGGCAUGCUGAGCGCUACAGUGCCGGUUUGGCAGUCUGAGUGCUCGCCGGCCGAUAAGAGAGGCCGCAAUGUGGUACUGACAGGCAUGUUCAUCGCGUUCGGAUUCGCCAUGACUCAGUGGAUCAACUUCGGUUUCUAUCAUAUGCAGGACCAGUCCGCUUCAUGGCGGGGAUCGCUGGCAAUCCCUGCACUCUUCUCUUUAACUAUCAUGAGCAGCAUCUUUUUCCUUCCAGAAUCCCCUCGUUGGCUUGUUCUCAAGAACCGAUCGGAUGUGGCACAGCAGACACUUGCCAAUCUUAGGCAGAUGGAUGUGGUGUCACUCGAGAUCGUGCACGAAUUGCGUGGAAUCGAGAUCUCCUUGGAGGAAUCAUCCACAAGCGGCACACUCGGCCUCAAAGACAUUUUUACGAUGGGCGAGGAAAAGCUCUUCUACCGGUUCCUUCUCUGUGUUGUCUUGCAAUUCUUUCAGCAAAUGAGCGGUGGUACCCUCAUUUCGGUCUAUAUUCCUAUCAUUUUUGAGAAUAACCUGCAGUUGGGCGCCAGUUUAGCCAAAAUUCUUGCCGCAUGUGCCUUGACAUGGAAAUUCCUCUCUUGCUUCGUCGGCUUUUAUGUUGUGGACCGACUGGGACGCCGCGCGGCGUUCAUGAUCAGUGGCGGCGGCAUGUCUAUGUGUAUGCUGGCACUGACGGUCUCCAACUCAUUUACAAACAACCAUACCGCGUCUAUUAUCUCGGCCCUCUUUAUCUUCGUGUAUAAUUUCUUCCUUCCCGUUGGGUUUCUGGGGGCGAACUUCCUCUACCCUGCUGAGGUUGCUCCAGUCCGCCUGCGAGUCGCCAUGCAAUCCAUUUCAAUAGCGAACCAGUGGCUAUGGAUGUUCGUCGUGGCAAUGAUCACUCCCACCGCGAUCGCCGACAUCGGCUACCGUUACUACAUUGUAUUUACCGUUAUCGGUGGUCUCAUCCCUCCUUCAGUCUACCUAUUCUACCCGGAGACGAUGAACCGAUCUCUGGAAGAGGUCAACCAGAUCUUCCAUGAUGCCCCGUCCAUCAUGUCUGCUGUGAAAAUGUCCAAAGCACGACCUAUCCGCUCCGAUAUUAUUGAAGAGGUGAAAGCAAAGGGAGUGGCCGAAGAGAUUGAAUGAAGAUACGCCUAAAUAUUUUGACUAACGAGUGACUGACAUUUUCCUGCAUUGGAAACGAAGCGAAAGACCUAUGUAUCUAGCGAUAGACAGUGACACGGAAGGUAGCUUGAUAUACAUACGCUAUACUAUUUAUUUGUUUUAUCACUUUAACGUUUCCUU